AUGCUGCAGUGCUCAUGUCGUGAUUUGGAGCAUGCGUGUGGAGCCAAUGAGGGUCAGAUCCUUUUCUCCACGCGGCAUCCCAUCUACUCGUGGGCGAUUGCUCAUGCUUGCUGGAUACGGAAUCGCUUCACAACUGCCAAUGGAAUGACACCGUAUGAAUGCGUGACCGAUUCACCAUACUCUGGCAUGAUCUGCAGGUUUGGUGAGUGUGUUCUUGCUUACUUGCGUCCGGAAGGAAAGUCAGCACCCAGAUGGUGCCACGGCCUUUGGCUAGGCAAGGCAGCCUUGAACGACGCCCGCAUCAUUGGAACCAAAGAAGGCCUAUUUGUGACCAGGUCAGUUCGACGAUUCGAUGAAGCCUUUGAUUCCAAGCGUGCUGCUGAGUUUUCCGUGUAUGUGUGGGAGCAUGGUCUCGCAAGCAUAGGUGGACAGCUGGUGUUGAGCAAGCGUCGUCCUGCCCCAACUGCUGUCCCGAUCCCUGCGUCCGAGGAAAUCCAUGUUGCAUCGUUUGGUGUGCCUCUUCCGAGCGCUAUGCCUGAACCAUCCCAUGCCGGGGAUGUUGCUGGGUCUGAUGUCCUGUCACCCGUAGAUCACCAUCCUUGA